AUGGAUUUGGUCGUCGGAGACAUCGUUCAUGGGCGCCUCCCCAUCAGGCCAUCAAGGUUUCGACUUCUGCUCGGCUUGUUGCCCUUCACUACCGCUGCCGUGAGUGCUGCCUUUUCUGGAUGUCCAUGCCCACCCAUCGUUCGUCGGAAUGCCCCAGCGGUGGUGUCGUUUGCCAAGAAGAAGAGGAAAGGGUAUAGCGAAGAUCCGCCAGAUGAGGAGGUGUCUGAUGAUUUCACCGACGAGUUGGAGGAGGACGAGGAGGUGGAAGAGGAGGAGGACUUCGAUGCUGAAGAAGAAGGAGGAGAUAUAAUGGAUGGUGACGAAGAGUUUGAGGACGACUAUGACUCUGAAGAUGAUUGUGAGAGUGAUGAUGAACAGGAUCUUUAUGCUGGAGAUGGAGGUGCUGGCGGCGGAAUAUCCCUUGCUGGCGCAUGGUGGGACAAGGAAGCGUUAGCUUUGGCAGAACAGGUCUCAGCAUCAUUCGAUGAUGACUUGAAGAUCUAUGCUUUCAAGACAGCUGCAAAUUUGACCAUUAGAGUACGCAUUGAGAAGAUGUCCACCAGGUAUGGUUCUCCAACUAUAGAUGACAUUGAAGCAUACACAAUUGCAUACCGUGCAAAGUUGGACGAUGCAGAGUCAACAGGAAAGAUACCAAAGAACAUAUCGUUGGAGGUGUCAUCCCCUGGCGUGGAGAGAGUUAUCCGUAUCCCUGAAGAGCUCGAACGCUUCAAAGAACGGGCAAUGUAUGUCAGAUACACUACAACAAGCGAUGAGGCAGCCACAUCUCUAGAAGGCGACGGCGUGCUGAGGCUAGUUUCCUAUGACAUGGACCUGCGAGAGUGCAUCUGGGGCAUAGCCGACGUGAAGAUAAACCGGCAGCAGUCUGGCAAGGGCAGGCCCCUGAGCAAGAAGCAGAGGGAAUGGAGGCUGCAGACACCGUUUGAGUCGCUGAAGUUAGUCAGGCUGUACUUUGAAUGUUGA